AUGGCGCUUCCUGUGAGCUUUGGUGACUGCUUGAAGCUAGUGCACUCAAUCCAGCAGAUUGCUGCUGACGUUCAGGCCCUCCUCAUAGAGUUUGCGGGCACAAAAUGGAUGCGGAGAAUGUGGACAAGGGCGAAGGAUUUCCAAAGUUUUCAAAACAUCCAUCUUCAGUUGGAUGCGAGCGUCCAGGCUUUAGCACUGGAACUGAUGCUUAACAUUGCAGUUCCAACGGUUAGUGUUGAGGAAUUAGAGGAGAACGAGGAGGCAGACCUGGAGGAGGACAGCGUCACAGUCAAGCGGCUGCAGGAAGUGGCCAAUGAGUUUCCUAGUCAGGAUGGGAAGAUGGAAGCUUUGUUGGCAGAGUGGUCGGAGGUCCUCAGCAUGAGGCAGAGCGCUCCGAGGGCAAGCAAGGUCCCUGAACUUCCUGCAGGUUUGAAAAGGGAGGAGCUGACAGUUGGAUCUAGGAUUGGGGCGGGGGGAUUCGGCAUUGUGUAUGAGGGGCAAUGGAACGGCACCCCCGUCGCUGUCAAGGAGCUCCCCUACGGUGCAGACCUUAGCGAGGAUGAGAGGUAUGCCUUCAAGAAAGAGGCUGCUUACCAUGCCGAUCUCAGGCACCCUCACGUCGUUCAGGUCUUUGGGACGUGCACAGACGACCACCCAUUCUACAUUGUUAUGGAGCUCAUGAGCGGGGGCAGCCUGGCGAGCCUCAUUAAGAGGAGAAUCAGCGGGCAUGCGGCAGGGGGGGCGGGGAGCCCUUUUCAGGUGUAG